AUUGGCAGGUGGCCCGAGCUGAGCCAAUGACAGGCGGCCAGGAGUCUUAACGGCGGGCAGACUUGAGUCCAGCCAACGUAGGCUGUCCACAUAGAGUGGAGGCUACCCACACACACUCACACACGGAUGAGAGCCCUGGCCGCCGGCUCGUGGACAACGCCAAGUGGCGGCUUCGCCUCCGCGUCUUUAAGGAGCCUAGCCAUGGAACACCUGCUCCUGUGCCUGGCCCUCCUCGCUGCGCCCGUCGCCACCAUGCUGUGCCCCAAGCGCUGCACCUGCCAGAACCUCAUGCCCUCCUAUACUGUUCUCUGCGCCAAGACAGGCCUGCUCUUCGUGCCGCCAAACAUUGACCGGCAGACUGCCGAGCUGCGCCUCAUGGACAACUUCAUAACCACCCUUCGUCACCGUGACUUUGCCAACAUGAGCAGCCUCAUCCACCUGACACUGUCGCGCAAUACCAUUAGCCAGAUCAAGCCGUAUGCCUUCGCCGACCUGCAGGACCUGCACGCCCUGCACCUGGACGCCAACCGGCUCACCAUGCUGGACGACACCCAUUUCCAGGGCCUGGUCAACCUCAGGCACAUGAUCCUGGCCAACAACCAGCUGCACAGCAUCUCAGAGGGGGCCUUCCAGGACUUCCUGGAGACCCUAGAAGACCUGGACCUGUCCUACAACAACCUGGUGAACAUUCCCUGGGAGACCAUUGGCCUGCUGGCCAGUGUCAACACCCUCAGUCUGGACCACAACCUCAUAGAGAUGGUCCCCGAGGGCAUCUUCUCCAACCUGCACAAGCUGGCGCGUCUAGACAUGACCUCCAACAAGCUGAAGAAAAUCCCUCCAGAUCCCCUGUUCCUGAGGAUCCCAGUGUACGCUAAGCUGAAAGGUUCUCCACUCACAUCCCUGGUGCUGAGCUUCGGUGGGAACCCGCUGCACUGUAACUGUGAGCUAGUUUGGCUGAGGAGGCUGACCAGGGAAGACGACCUGGAGACCUGCGCCUCCCCCCGAGAGCUCGCCGGCAAGUAUUUCUGGACCAUCCGCGAGGAGGAGUUUGUGUGCGAGCCACCCAUGAUCACGCGGCACACCUCCAAGAUGUUUGUGAUGGAGGGUCAGGAGGUGAGCCUGCGCUGUAAGUCAGUGGGCGACCCGGAACCUUCCACGCAUUGGGUCAGCCCCGAGGGGAAGCUGAUUGGGAACACGUCCCGCACCAUCUGCUAUGAGAACGGCUCGUUGGACAUCCUCACCACCACUGUGAAGGACUCUGGGAAGUUCACAUGCAUCGCAUCCAACGCCGCCGGCGAGGCCACGGCUCCCGUGGAGCUGGUGGUUAACCCCUCUCCACACUUUGACCCCAAGCUGGAGCCCGAGCCUGGCCCCUCUGACAUCCCCACCUCCAUCAAGUCCAACGCCAGCGGGGGCCACGCCCGCACCGACCAUCAGAGGGUCAGUGUGUCAGAGCUGAGCUCGACCUCGGUCACCAUCCGAUGGCCCCCUCAGGACCACAUUCCGGGGGUCCGUAUGUACCAGAUCCAGUACAACAGCUCCUCCGACGACAUCCUCAUAUACAGGAUGAUCCCUGCGUCUCAUAAAUUCUUCCUACUCAGUGACUUGGCCACUCAACGGGAUUAUGACCUGUGUGUGCUGGCGGUGUACGACGAUGGCGUCACGGCCCUAACCGGCACCCGCCUGGUGGGCUGCGUGGCUUUUACCACAGAGCGCGAGUACCGUCAGUGCCGCUCCCUCCACGACCAAUUCCUGGGCGGAACCAUGAUCAUCGUGAUCGGCGGUAUCAUAGUGGCGUCCGUGCUUGUCUUCAUCUUCAUCCUCCUCAUGAAAUACAAGCUGCACAGCAACCAUUACAAGCAGAAGGCGGCACAUGUCAGCAACGUGUGCUCUCAGACCAACGGAGGCCACGCGGCGGGCGGGGGAGGCCCUCCCAUCCCCCCUUCCUCCUCAGGCUCAGCUAAUAAGCCCAUGCCUCCUGGCCCAGUGGACAGGGUAGGGCACGAGGGACCCCAUCAGGCCUCGGAAGGGGGCUUCGGAGGGCCCUUGAAAGGGACCACCGUAGUGGACUUGAACCCAGACUACGGGAAGUCAGUGAAGGACGAGGAUGCUAUAUCACAAUAACACAGGAUCUGGGACUUCCCCACCCCGCCCCCUUUUUAUUUCCUGGUGCUGGGGUCCCUCUGCCUUACCAAGGAUUAUCUCGUGUCCAAGAUUCGCACAUCACCCAUGCUCGUCUUCUGAGGUGGAGGGAGGGAGAAUGGAAAGGUAAAGUCCCCCUGGUUCAAGGAAGUUGGAAAAACAAACUCACAAAAGAAGACAUAUGAAGCCAAGAACAGCAUUAGGAGUAGAGAUGGGUGGAUGCCAUGGAAUCGCUGUGUUCUGUCACUUAUGCAAUUCUACCUGGAACUGGGAUGUAAUCCAGCCCUGUGGAGUGGAGGGAAAUGUAUUCGAAAACCUGGGGCUUCUUUCACUGUGUGAGGAAUGAGUUGACAACCCAGACGCCUCAAAUUCCUUUCGGAAUACUUUUUUGGGAUUCUCAUUGGAAUUGCCUAUUACAGAGGAACACCCUUGGAUGGUUUUGAUGAAAUGUUGUGGGUUUCGUAAUAAAGCUCCACUCUCCCUUAACGAUCGGUCACAUGCCAAAGGAAUACAAUAAGAGAUGGCGAUACAGUGUUUUGUUCCCCCGAUGUCACGUCGAUGCACCAAUAUCAAACGGUUGUUCGGUGAUCUCUAGGGCACUUUAUAAUCUUUAUAAUCCUCUCUCUCUCUUUCUCUCCCUCCGUCUAUAUAGACAACUGAAUAGUAUACUCAACUAUUAUGAGAUCAAAUGCAUCCAUUUUGGAUGACGGUGGGAAAAAUAUAAUUAUUUGGCCAAAAACAUGGGCUCUCAAGAUGAGGACAAAAGAAAAACCUGGUUUGGUUUGAUUACAUGAACCUUCAGCACAAGCAAUGCCUUGUGGUUUGAUGGUGAAAUGGUGAGUUAAGUUUCAUUCUGACACAAACUUUACAGAGAAGAAACUGACCCUAUUGUGUACCACUUGCCAAUUGAAAAGAUGGAACACGGAUCAAAUACUCUUUUUCCCCUUACUGUUGACUGUGUAUGUAUUUGUAUGUGAGAUACACCUUCAAUCUUCUCUGAUUUGAUACCCAUAUUUCCUUUGAAUUAUGAAGCAACAAUAAGAAAAAAACGUGAGAUGGAAUUUUAUGCUUUCAUAGGUAAAAUAUGUGGAUUUAUAAAGAAAUAAAAUUAUUUUUCUUGAAGAUGUGCCGCCACAUUACUCACACAAUUUCUGAUAUGAAUCCUAUUCAUAGAUUAAUAAUUGCAUUAAGUGUCAAACUUGUUU